CUGCGCAAGUUUGAGUUGGAUAAGGAUGAGUGGAUCAUUGCUGGACAGCUCCACAGCACGUUGAAGAUAUUCAAAGACGCAACAUUAUUUUUCUCUCGUUCCACUCCCAGUCUUGCGACUGUGAUCCCUGCAAUGGAUCACAUUGACGAAAUGCUCACCAACCACUCCCUUAAUCAUGAUUAUGAACUAUCAAUUUGUGCUGCCCUAGGGAUCGCCAAGAAAACACUCAACCGCUAUUACAACGCUACAGAUCAAUCUGAAGUAUAUCGUAUUGCUAUGGUGUUACAUCCCCAACACAAACUUAAAUAUUUCGAGCGUGCUGGCUGGGAGCGCGCCUGGAUUGAUACUGCAGAGGAGAUUGUGAGGGAUGUCUUCAAU